UGCCCGCCAGCCGGCACGCCGGCUGGUUCCUCCGAGUGCGGGCGCCGGGUGGACAUGGAGGAAGGCUUGGCAGACGAGCUUGACGAAGAGGAGCAGCUGGUGAGAAAGCAACGCAAAGAGAAGAAGGAGUUGCAAGCCAAAAUUCAAGGUAUGAAGAAUGCCGUUCCCAAGAACGACAAGAAGAGGAGGAAGCAGCUCACGGAAGAUGUUGCUAAGCUGGAGGCAGAAAUGGAGCAGCGGCACCGAGAGGAGCUGGAGCAGUUGAAGCUGGCUUCCCAGGAGGGUCAGAGAGAUUUUGAUGCUGUUAACAUUUCAAACUUGGUUCUUGAGAAUCAGCUGCCUCGGAUAUCAAGAGCACAGAAGAGACGGGAUAAAAAAGCUGCAUUGGAAAAGGAGCAGAAAGAAAGGAUAGCUGAAGCUGAAAUUGAGAACUUACAUGGAGCUAGACAUGUAGAAAGUGAAAAACUUGCUCAAAUAUUGGCAGCUAGUAUGUACAGAGCCAUUGAAGAUCAGCUGAAAGAGCGGGAAUGCCCUCUGACUGUAGCUGCCUUAAGAAGCCAAACUGCUAACUAUAUGCAAAGCCACAUGGAAGACUUUCUGCCAUUUUUAACAAACCCCAAUACAGGAGAUAUGUAUACUCCAGAAGAGUUUGGAAAGUACUGUGAUAAUAUUAUAAACACAGCUGCAUGGGGAGGCCAGCUGGAGCUAAGAGCCCUGUCUCAUAUUUUACAAACACCAAUAGAGAUAAUACAGGCAGAUUCUCCUCCUAUUGUAGUUGGCGAAGAAUAUCCAAACAAACCAUUAAUACUUGUAUAUAUGAGACACGCAUAUGGCUUAGGAGAACAUUACAAUUCUGUCACGUGGUUGGUGAACAGAGUUACUGAAAACUGCAGCUAGUUUACAGAGUGUUGCACAAUUAUGUUUUUGUACAGUGUGCCGAUAUGAGUAUUUAUACCAAGUGCUGGAUUGUUUUAAACGUUACUGAAAAAACAACUACUUUAAAUCAGUUUUAUGGCAUAGCUGCUAAUAGGUUUUUAAAAAAUAGUCAGAGAUAAACUUUAACCAGUAUCCCCUUACUGGUAUUUUAAACACUUGUACGUCCAUUGUGGAGAGCAUCAUUCAUAGGCCAAGAUGCAACCCUAUUUGCUUAUAUUUUUUUUAUUAAUAUGGGAUCCUGAACAUUCUGUUGAAAUAAAUCCUAAUGUUUUAUUAAAAGCUUUCAGUAACCAUUUCAGUGUAAUUUUUUUGAAGAUUGCAAUACUGUGGGGAUGGUGAUAGCAAAUUUAAUUUAUCCUUAUAAAGAAACUUGAUUGCAGUAACCUUGGUAUUAGUGAAAUUAAUGCUGUGAAGCUUUUUUAUUUCCCCAUCCAAGUGCAGCCAAGAAGCUUGUUUUAAUGAUUAAGAAUUUUAAAAUGUUUUUUCUCAGAUGGGAAUCAGUUGUUAAAACUGAGACAGAUUCAAAAUAUAUAGGUGUUCCCUAUCAGAUUUAAACCUGUAAAGAAUUAUAGAUUAGCCUUUUAUUUUUGUGUCAUUUUAAAGGUCCCAACAUACUAAUGUCUGAUUGAUUUGUUACUACUUGCUGUUUCUUAAACUUCUUAUUUUCAGAACUACAAAUGUUUGUACUCUUUGUGGUGUUUUCUCCUUCACUGCUCAGCUGCUUUGCUUUCCUUGCACUUUUUUCCACUGAGAAACUAUUUGUGACCUCUCUUACCCAUGAACUUCUUCUACAAGUUGAAGCAGCACUGUCAAAAGUGUCCAAGGCCAAAUAUACUUCAAAUCCUUCCUCUUUCCCAAUUUCUCUUACAAAACCUUUCUCUUUUUGUUUCCUUCUCUAGGAUUAAAAGAAAGCCUUUUUUACUGUUAUUUUGUUAGCCUUUUAAUGUCCUCUUUCCGUAACUUGAAGUAUUUGAGAAUGUUUGUAUCACGUGUAUGGAUCAAGCUGAAAGCCACUCUUUAGGAGCCAGACUGUGUAGUAAAAAUCAAUAUAUAAUACCUUUUGGUGUGAAUGAUUUAUCUAGCUCAGAUUUCAAGUUACACAUAACA